UUUGUCGGCAAAAUUUUCGGAGGCAAUGCAAAAUUAAAUCGGAGCUCAAAUUUUGAAAUUUUUUCAAAAUUCAUCGCAUGAACUCUCGUCGAGUUUGUAAUUCUCAAAAAUUUUCAUCAAUUAUCUGUAAAUUUAAAAGCUUGACAGAUAGAAUAUCAUUCGAAUCUGGAUUGAUCAAUAUUUCAUUAUGAAACUCGUCAGAUUUUUAAUGAAACUUUCUAAUGAGACAUUAACGGUAGAAUUAAAAAAUGGAACCGUUGUGACUGGUACUGUUACUGGCGUUGAUGUCGCCAUGAAUACACACAUGAAAUCUGUUAAAGUAGUUCCACCUAAAGGUUCUGAUCCAGUGAAAUUGGAAGCAUUGUCGAUUAGAGGAAAUAACAUCAGAUAUUUUCUAUUACCUGAUGCGUUACCUUUGGAGACGCUAUUAGUGGAUGAUACUCCAAAAACUAAAGCCAAAAAGAGAGAAGCCGCUGCACGAGGUAGAGGACGAGGUCGAGGAAGAGGUCGUGGUGGUGGUGGACGUGGUAGAGGAGCACCAGGAGGUGGUGGUAGCGGAGGAGGUAGUGGUGGUGGCGGUGGUGGUGGCGGUGCACCCCCACGAAAACGUUAAUUUCAAAGUAUAUUACUUGAACAUUAACUUAACCUCUAUAUCGUUCCGUUAAUUGUUUUGCAAGUUCUUCAUUAUUCAUGAAUACUUCAUUACUUUAUUCAGCGUCUUAUGGUUUGAAUAUGCUGUAAUCUACCUCUCGAGCUACAAUUUGCUCGCGAAUUAAUAUAUUGCAACAUUGUUUAAGAUGUUGUACUUUUGCAGAUAAAAUCGUGUCUUUUCACAGUUUAAAUUAUGUGACCUCAAGCCAGACUAACGCCUCUAUAAAUUACUGAUUUAUCUGAAAUAUGCUAUAACAAGUCCCGUGUUAAUUACUAUUUCAUUUAUCUCUAAUUACUUCAAUAUUGACAAGUCA